GAGGAGAAGAAAUUACUGUCAGUGCAGGGCAACCUGCCGCCUGACAUCCGUGAUCGCCAAUUUGCUUCCCCGGAUCAGGAUUCUGACCUGCCUAGAUGUUACGUUUUUGAACAACUUCCUGGUCAGGCUGUCUUUGUCCCCUCCGGCUGGUAUCACGAGGUCCUGAAUUUGACUGACUGCGUCUCGAUCAACCACAACUGGAUCAACGGCUGUAACGUGAACCUUGUUUGGAACCAUCUGCGGCACCAGCUGGACGAAGUCAAAAUCUCCACUGCUGACGUCAAGUCGACACCAGGGUGGGCGGAGGCCUGUCAGGUAAGGCGCUCAAAGUCUGUUUUCCCAUUUGAGUGUAUCAGUAUCCGUUUAUUGAGCGAAAGAUAA